AUGGCGAUCGUGACUGAGACGGAGGUCAGCCACAGCACCGCAGCAGCGCUCCAGGAAAAGACCAACACCGGGCUCAACGGACGCGGGAACUCGCUGCAUGAGAAGGAGAAGCAGAAUCAGCAGCAGCAUCAUCAUGGGCAGCAUCAGCAGCACCAGCAUCGUUCGGCCGGCCAGAAGCUACGCAGCAAGUACCGCCAUGUCGCGGCGUAUCACUCCGAAGUGAAGCCAUCAUGUCUGAGCCGCGAGACCGAGAAGACCCCCAGCUUCCUGGGCUUCAGGAACCUGAUGGUCAUUGUGCUGAUCGUGAUGAACCUGCGGCUGGUAGUCGAGAACUUCAUGAAGUAUGGCGUCCUCAUCUGCAUCCGCUGCCACGACUACCGCAAGCAGGACCUAGUGCUAGGCGCGGUCCUCUACGCCCUGGUCCCCUGCCACCUGUUCGUGGCGUAUCUCAUCGAGCUGGCGGCCGCCCAGCUGGUGAAGGGGGCGAUUGGACGUGUGAAGAGAGAUGAGGCCUCCUCGUGCACGAGCAAGGAGCUUUCGGCGCUGCAGACGACCUGGGCGUACGUUGCGUUUGCGCAUACGGUCAACGCCAGCCUGUGUCUCCUGGUGACUACGUAUGUGGUCUACUACUAUAUACAUCACCCGGGCAUCGGGACAGUGUGCCAGCUGCAUGCUAUCAUCGUCUGGCUGAAGAACUGCUCGUAUGCGUUUACCAACCGGGACCUUCGACAUGCGGUGCUCAAUCCGUCGCCGGACAAUAGGCUGCCGGAAAUAUACAUGUCUUGCCCGUACCCACAUAACGUCACGAUAUCAAACCUGUCUUACUUCUGGCUGGCGCCGACGCUGGUGUAUCAGCCUGUAUACCCGCGGACCGAGCGUGUGCGGUGGUCGUUCGUAGCCAAGCGGGUGCUGGAGCUCGUUGGGCUGGGGGUGUUUAUCUGGAUUAUUUCGGCGCAAUAUGCGGCCCCCGUGCUGCGCAACUCGCUGGACAAAGUAGCCAUGUUGGACUGGGUGUCUAUCCUGGAGCGGAUGAUGAAGCUAUCGACCAUCUCGUUGGUGAUCUGGCUAGCGGGAUUCUUUGCCUUGUUCCAGUCCUUCCUGAACGCUUUGGCAGAAGUAAUGCGGUUUGGAGACCGGGAGUUCUACAGCGAAUGGUGGAAUAGCCCCAGCGUAGGCUCGUACUGGCGCUCCUGGAACCGACCUGUGUACCAUUUCAUGAAGCGACAUAUCUUCUCCCCGCUUGUUGGGCGAGGAUGGAGUCCGUUUGCCGCCAGUCUUGUCGUCUUCACUUUCUCUGCCGUCUUGCAUGAGGUGCUCGUCGGCAUCCCAACGCACAACAUCAUUGGCGUCGCCUUUGCCGGAAUGAUGCUGCAGCUCCCUCUGAUAGCUGCCACGGUGCCCCUGGAGAAGAUGAACGGCCAGGCCGGGAAGAUAAUAGGCAACUGUGUCUUCUGGCUCAGCUUCUGCCUUGUCGGCCAGCCGCUGGGGGCGUUGCUGUAUUUCUUUGCCUGGCAGGCCAAGUACGGCAGUGUCAGCAAGCAGGUCUUGUCCCAGGGUCCAUGA